GUGUGGUUCCAGUUUAAUACAGAAAUGGGUAGCUCUUAAUCCUUCCUUUUCUGUACCCUUUCGUUUCUCACAAGCCUUUCUCACUUACAUUUGUAGGCAGUUUUAUUUCCUUUCUUUCUUACUUUCCAACGUUUGUAUUUUGAUAAAAUUGGGUUAGGGUUUCCUUCUGUGGAAUUAUUAAUAUCACAUGCUCUGAGAGAUAGCACAGUAUUUGGGCUUUGGUGUAUCGGGGUUUUCACAAUUGUAUCAUUUCAUGGCCUCUUCAAUGCUUACAGGAGCUGAAAAUCUGAAGCUCAUUAGUGGAGCAGCCCCAACAGGGUUAGGCUUCGUGGGGUCAAAUUUUCAUUUUAGGUGCUUGCCCCAGAAGGGUUUACUAUCUUAUAGCAAGAAUCAAACGAGUAGAAUCUUAGCACCCAGAUGCAGUGUAUCAUCCUCGAGGCCUGCUUCUCAGCCUAGGUUCAUACAACACAAGAAAGAAGCGUUUUGGUUUUAUAGGUUUUUAUCAAUAGUGUAUGAUCAUGUCAUAAACCCUGGUCACUGGACAGAGGAUAUGCGAGAUGAGGCGCUUGAGCCUGCUGAUCUUUAUGCUAGGAAUUUGACAGUGGUAGAUGUUGGGGGCGGAACUGGGUUUACUACUCUUGGCAUAGUGAAGCAUGUGGAUGCCAAGAAUGUCACAAUUCUUGAUCAAUCACCUCACCAGCUUGCCAAGGCCAAGCAGAAGGAACCUUUGAAGGAAUGCAAGAUAAUUGAAGGUGAUGCGGAGGAUCUCCCAUUUCCUACUGAUUAUGCUGAUCGAUAUGUGUCUGCAGGGAGUAUUGAGUACUGGCCGGACCCACAGCGUGGGAUCAAGGAAGCUUACAGGGUAUUGAAAAUAGGAGGGAAAGCCUGUAUUAUAGGUCCUGUGUAUCCAACAUUCUGGUUGUCUCGCUUUUUUGCGGAUAUGUGGAUGCUCUUUCCGAAAGAGGAAGAGUAUAUAGAGUGGUUUAAAAAGGCUGGUUUUAAAGAUGUGAAACUAAAAAGGAUUGGUCCGAAAUGGUAUCGUGGUGUCCGGAGACAUGGCUUGAUCAUGGGUUGCUCUGUGACUGGAGUGAAGCCAUUGUCAGGAGACUCUCCACUUAAGCUUGGUCCAAAGGCAGAGGAUGUCCAGAAACCUGUUAAUCCUUUUGUGUUCCUUUUGCGGUUUGUUCUUGGGGCAAUAGCAGCAACGUACUAUGUGCUGGUUCCCAUUUACAUGUGGCUCAAAGAUCAAAUUGUACCAAAGGGCCAGCCUAUAUGAAAUGAGAGAAAUGGAAAAUGAUGAUCAAAUUCUUCUGCUGGUGACUGCUUUAUCUGACUGGUUAUAGCCGUUUGCUUCUCGUUGCAAGAUUUAGUAACUAGCCAUGCGAGAUAACCAAUUAGGAGAAUAAAUUGAAGCUUUACCCUCACUUUGUAGCUACCUUUUGCCUUAAUAGAGCAGUAUGUGUUGCACCAAAAAAAAAAAAAAAAAACUGAUCCCGAGAUGUAAUUUUUCGCUUGUAAAAAAGUCAACUCUUUCUGUUUCAA